CAGAGUUCACAUGCUGGACUGCCCUGGAUCUCACCCUAGCUCUUGGUCAAAUGCUAAAGUUUUAGUGCAUACAUCUAUUUCUUUGCAUACUUGGUACAUGUAUCCCACUGAGACCUGCUAACUGCACAUACUUCAACGGUUGUUGUGGAAUUACAGAUUUUUAUAAAGCAGAUAUGCACCUUCCUAAGGUCCUGAUUUUUCUCACAUGGAUUUUCUGUGCAUUUUCUGGGUUAGGAUUCUGCUCCGAAGAUGAGACGCGACUGGUGAAAACCCUGUUUACUGGUUAUAACAAAGUGGUUCGUCCAGUUAACCACUUCAGUGAUGCUGUAGUAGUCACCGUGGGCCUGCAGCUUAUCCAGCUUAUUAGUGUGGAUGAAGUCAACCAGAUUGUGACCAGUAAUGUCCGUCUCCGACAGCAAUGGAAAGAUGUGAACCUGCAGUGGAAUCCAGAUGAUUAUGGAGGCAUCAAAAAGAUCCGAAUUCCUUCAACAGACAUAUGGAAACCUGACUUAGUGCUGUACAACAAUGCUGAUGGUGAUUUUGCCAUUAUUCAUGAAACCAAAGUCCUGCUGGAGCACACAGGCAUGAUAACAUGGAACCCACCUGCUAUCUACAAGAGUUACUGUGAGAUCAUUGUCCUUCACUUCCCAUUUGACCUGCAGAAUUGCAGCAUGAAACUGGGUACCUGGACAUAUGAUGGUACUCUGGUCAUCAUCAACCCAGAUAGCGACCGACCUGACCUCAGUAACUUCAUGGAGUCGGGUGAAUGGAUCUUAAAGGACUACCAGAGCUGGAAACAUUGGGUUUUCUACACGUGCUGCCCUGACACGCCAUACUUGGACAUCACCUAUCAUUUUUUGAUGCUUCGGCUUCCCCUUUAUUUCAUUGUCAAUGUCAUAAUUCCCUGCAUGCUGUUCUCCUUCCUCACUGGACUGGUCUUCUACCUCCCUACUGAUUCAGGUGAGAAGAUGACCCUGUCCAUCUCUGUCCUGCUGUCUUUGACCGUCUUCCUACUGGUUAUCGUUGAGCUGAUUCCCUCCACUUCCAGUGCCGUUCCUCUCAUUGGGAAAUACAUGCUCUUCACAAUGGUUUUUGUGAUUGCCUCCAUCAUCAUCACGGUCAUCGUCAUCAACACCCACCACCGCUCUCCCAGUACACACACCAUGCCAGCAUGGAUCCGCAAGGUCUUCAUUGAAACCAUUCCAAACAUGAUGUUUUUCUCAACAAUAAAGCGCCCCAGUCAGGAGAUCAGCCAGAAGAGAUUGUUCCCUACUGACAUGGACAUAUCUGAUAUUUCAGGUAACCCCACCCCCGCUAGUGUAACCUACAAGUCUCCCAUCAUGAAGAAUCCAGAUGUUCGCAGUGCCAUUGAAGGAGUGAAGUAUAUUGCUGAAACCAUGAAAUCAGACGAAGAAUCUAACAAUGCAGCAGAAGAAUGGAAGUUUGUGGCCAUGGUUUUGGAUCAUAUCCUGCUGUGUGUCUUCAUGGCUGUGUGCAUCAUUGGAACGCUUGCUGUCUUCGCUGGGAGACUCAUUGAGCUUAACAUGUUAUAAAAGCCUGAACCCACUAAGGAGGAUGUGUACAGUGUGAUGAGAAACCCUGCCUUCACAGGCAUCAGUUAUAGACCCUUUGAGGUUGUAUUUUUGACACUAUGUUUGUGACUCUCUGGCACGCAAAGGCAAAGAUAGCUAAAAUGCUAUAAGAUGCCCUGGGCCUUGUGUCACAUUUGUGAGUUUGUGUAUUUACUAAAAUAGAUAAGACUUCAGUAAUAAGUUCAUUCUCUUGGCAUAAAUACAUUACUUUUGUCGUGAAUGAAUUUUACUAGAUCAUAACUGUAAUUUUAUUGGUAAUGCAGGGUUUAUCAUAACUCUGAUGUGUAAAAGAAUUAUUUCUAGUUUCUUUUUGUCACUUUGAAAAACUGCAUGCUUUUAAUCUCCUGAUGUAGGCAAAAUAUUUCCCAACCAGGAAGUUUUACUUAUUGGCUUUGCCUGACUCAUCUGUAUUUUACUCCUUUUGUACAUGUAGUUACUAUUUUAUUUGAGAUUCAGGAAACAAAAUAAUGCAAUAGAAAACAUUAAAAUAUCAGUUCUGGAGAAAUCAGGGGUCUCUCCUAAACCUAAAAACGUCCGCAGUUCUGUAGCAGCCGUGGGGGCUACUGUACUACUGCAGCAAUAAACUACAGUUCUAUCA